AUGGAUAAAGAGGAAGAUCAAUUGAUCGAAGUGGAUCUUGAGAUCAAAGAAAAUGAAGUUGUGAGGGAAGAAGUGGUGGCACCAAAACCAGUAGUGAAAGAAACAGGCACUGAGCCUAAGUCGGUUGUUAAGCUUCCUUUUCCCACCAGAAACAAGAAAAAGGGGCAACAUGAGAAAAACUUUGAAAAGUUCCUAGAGUUGUUCAAGAAGUUAGAGAUUAACAUUCCGCUGUUGGAGGCACUUGAACAAAUGCAUACUUAUGCCAAGUCAUUCAACAAAGCUCUUAUUGAUCUAGGAGCUAAUGUGAGUCUCAUGCCGUUAUUCAUUUACAAGAAGCUUGGUAUAGGGGUUGUGCAAGAUACUCGGAUGACACUCCAAUUCGUUGAUCAUUCGGUCAAGAAACCAUAUGGUAUUGUUAAAGAUGUUCUGGUGAAAAUUGACAAGUUUGUAUUCCCAGUGGAUUUCGUAAUUCUAGAAAUGCCUGAAGAUGAAGAGAUCCCUCUCAUUCUUGGGAGACCCUUUUUAGAGACAGGAAGGUGCUUGAUCAACAUAGAAGAAGAGACUAUGACGUUGAAGGUUUAUGAUGAGGAAUUAAAGAUUGAUGUUCGAAACACCAUGAAGUACAAGGAUGAUGUUUGUACCAGUCAUACUAUAGAGGUUCUGGAUCAGGUGAUGUCGUAUGAUAGUCCUUUGAAUGCACCAUAG